UUUUCAUUUUUGUUACUUAUCUGAAAUAUUUAAAGUGCUCUUAUACAAUUUGUGUUGGGGAAUGCGCAAUAAAUGAGUUUUGUUUUCAAAAUUUUAAAGAGAAUAGCAAAUAAACAUGUUAAUAUUAUCUAGUUCUGAAUAGUGCGUGGAUGGAAUAGGUCACGAGAGUUGCAUAACAAGUGUUUCUGCCAAUAGCUUCAAACUAGAAAAAAAUAAAAAGUUGUAUUUAAGAAAAACAAUGGCAUUAGUGCAGAAACUUAAUAGAAUUCCAAUAAAAGCAUUUGUACCAUAUUUAAUAAAUCCGAAAAGAUAUCAACAUGGUUCAAAUACAAACAGCGAAUAUGACCUAGUCGUAGUUGGAGGAGGAAUUGUUGGCGUAGCUUCAGCUCGUGAAAUUUUAUUAAGAAAUCCUAAACUCAAAAUUGCAAUUCUUGAAAAAGAGUCAAGACUAGCAUUGCACCAAACUGGUCAUAACAGUGGAGUAAUUCACGCGGGUAUAUAUUACAAACCUGGAUCUCUGAAGGCUAAGCUAUGCGUUGAAGGUUUGCAUUUAACAUAUAAAUUUUGUGAUGAACACAACGUACCUUAUAAAAAAUUGGGCAAAUUAAUAGUGGCAACGGAACCGUCUGAAAUUCCAAGACUUAUGGAUCUCUAUGAAAGAGCUCAGAAAAACAACUGCCCAGAUAUUAAAAUAAUCGAAGGAGAUAAAAUACAAGAAAUUGAACCAUUUUGUAAAGGUAUCAAAGCAUUAUGGUCACCACAUACAGGAAUUGUUGAUUGGCAACUUGUGACUAAUUUCUAUGCGCAGCAUUUUAAAAAAUGUGGUGGAGAAAUUUUCGUUAAUUUUAAAGCAAAUAAAUUUUAUGAAACACCUACAAAUGCUGAUUACCCUGUAACAGUUGAAAGUUAUAGAGGUCAAAAAAUUAAAGCACGUUAUGUUUUAACAUGUGGUGGUCUGCAAUCUGAUCUGCUGGCUGAAUUAACAGGAUGUCCGAAAAGUCCUCGUAUAGUUCCUUUCCGUGGAGAAUAUUUGCUUCUUGCCCCUGAAAAAUGUCAUAUGGUUAAAGGAAAUAUUUAUCCGGUUCCUGAUCCUAGAUAUCCAUUUUUAGGAGUACACUUCACACCACGAAUGGAUGGAAGUGUUUGGCUAGGACCAAAUGCAGUUCUUGCAUUCCAGCGUGAAGGAUAUAGGUAUAGUGAUAUAAAUUUAAUAGAGCUGUUUGACGCAAUACGUUAUCCCGGCUUUUUAAAAAUGGCUGUUAAAAAUGUUCGAUUUGGUGUCGGAGAAUUUUUGAAAUCUGUGUUUAUUAAUUUACAAGUUAAAGAUUUACAACGAUAUAUUCCGGAAGUAACAGAGUUGGAUAUUCAAAGAGGGCCAGCUGGUGUUCGCGCACAAGCACUCGACACAGAUGGCAAUUUAGUUGAUGAUUUCAUUUUCGAUCGUGGUUCUGGCGAAAGUGCAGUUGCGAAACGUGUUUUACAUUGCCGUAAUGCACCCUCCCCAGGCGCAACCAGUUCACUUGCUAUUGCAAAAAUGAUUGCGAAUAAGAUUGACGAAGAGUUUAUUAAAAAAUAUUUAUAAGAAAAAUUGCAAAAAAAAAUGUACUUCACAGCUACCUCAAAGGUUAAAAACAAUAUUUUAAAGUUAACUAAAAGUUAAUUUUAUAUAAAAUUAAUUUUUUAAUUAAUCUUGUUAUAUAUUUUGUAUAUUAUGCUUUUAUAACUUUUGUAAUAUAAUGUUUAUAUAACUGUUCUAGUAAUAUGUUAAACUCAAAAUAAAAAAUUUUGAAAUGUA